AUGGACAUCAAGUUUUGCAAGACCAACCUCUCAUUGAGCACAAGGAGUUGGAUGGGAGGUUCCAAUUCAAGUUCACACAUCCAUUGGCUGGACCCUCCAAGCUUCUCCUGCCCAACCCUGAGCUCACCACAGUGUAGGGGUGAGAACAUUGACUUCAGACCCCCUGUGUACACAUUAGUUGGGCAUGAAGAGGAUUUGCGAGAAGAGGAGCCUGAGCUCGAUCGAGCUGAGGAUCGAGCUGAGGAUCAAGCUCAGAUUGGACUUCUCCAAAAGUUCAACAAAUGGCAAGGGAAAGCCAUUGAGAAGAUGCAAAAGUCCAUGGACAAGAUGGUCACUCCUCACCACCCAAGGAGGCUCCCUGCCCAAGAGCCUCACAGAGCCUCUUCUUUCGAGCCAAGAGAAGGAGAGGACAACACGCAGAGAAGGAGGAAGAGUUCCAAGGCCAGACGCUCCAGACCACCGGACUCGAUCGAGUCCAAACAGAGGAACUCGAUCGAGCUGAGGGUCGAGUUGACCUGGAGGAGCCCCAGUUUGAGAACCCUGGGAUUCGAGUACGAUCAACCCAGUACCAGGACUUCUCUCAGAGCUGGACUCCCUACAACCGCUUCGAGCGAGCACAGCUCCACCAAGGCCAAGGAAGCCACACACUUUGAAGAUGAAGAAGAAGAGGAGGAAGAGGAGCCACAAGCUCGAUCGAGUGAGCCGAACCCAGUUGCAUGGAGCGCUCCUGAUGGCCGUCUCCCAUCUCCAGACCACGACCUAGCCUCCCAGUUCUUUGGGGGGCACUGA